AGGUCAUCAUACUGGUAUUUGAGGUAAGUUUUAUUUUGAUGUGCUGUAUUUGUUGUUUUUUGCAUAUCACAAGUAAAGUGCCAUAAACUGUCCUUGUAAUCCUCUUCUUGUAGCCUUUCGGAACACAUUGGUUUUCUCGAUGAUAGUAACAGUCAUGUCUUGCUAAUCGACUGCCGAAUAGGACUGUUAAAGUUCUCAGUAAUCGGGUGAAAUAUAUAGUUCCAGUAGUGUACUAAAAGUAAUAGGAAUUCAUGUACCAGUACAAAACGUUCUAUCGACAUAAGAGGACAAUUUGAGGUGUAUUUGUAGCACCUAUGUAGUUCACAUCAUUAAUUGAGUAAUAGAAGUUUGGUUAAACCAUAUAAAUCAUAGACAUCAAGUUGAAUACUUCAAAAUUUCUGGAAGCUUUUGAUUCGCUUAAAAGACCUGGGAACAGUUUACACAUGUGAGGAGUUCAGUGCGGAUAAAAUGUUCAGAGAUCGAUUCCAUAAUACAGUAUUGAUACUUUACCAACGAGAAAAUACGAGUUUAUAAUUUCUGUCAAAAGACUUCAUCUUUGACGAAUACUGGCUUUUGUGUGCAGACAUCUCAGGUUCCCGACUACGGUGUUUGAUGGUAGAAAUAAAUAGUUGUCAAGAGCGUAAAAGCGAUACUUGUAGCAAAAGUUUUGAUGAUAAAGAAGAUGAAGUUAACACCUGCGGGACUGUGAAUAAUACAAGUGUUAGCGAUGUACCAAGCACAACAACACUGCCUAUUGAUAAAACUGUUCAACGGAAUCAUAUUGGUGAUGAAAUUUCCGAUGUAAUACGUCAACUUGGAGAUGAAUACCAACAAGAAGUUGGGCACAAUGUCAGUGAUGAACGAGAAAAUGAUGUGAUAGCACCAAAUCAAGUAUCUACCAAUGUUGAUAUUAAAGAAAAUUCUGUACGUCGACAUGAUAUUGACAUACUUCCAAAGAUAGUUUAUUCACAUAGUCCUACAGUGACUGCACUUCUACGUGCUGAUGUAACACGUUAUUUGGAAUUUCGUUUUGUAUCACGUUUAUUGGCCUUUGUCAGUGAUGAUAAUCAGUAUGAAACAAAAGCUGGGAUUAGUUCAAAUGAUGCUAACAAUCAGGUUAACUCUAAACGUCUUGUUGGUCGUGUAGUCAAAAUUCCUGUUUGUCGUUCUGAUGUAUUUAAAACACGCUUACUUAGUUUACAUCAGAAAAGAGCUUUGGGCUCAUUUUUUGAAUGGUGUUUUCAUUUGAUUAUCAACGAUACCCAACAUGAUGCAACAAGUGUUAACUGUGAUGACGACUACUCGACAUAUGAAAACCGACCAUUUCAAGAUUUUUUAACUGAGAAGCGUAAACUAGAUAAAUUUACACAACAAUUAUUAAUCACAAAUUUAUCGUUUGCUAACCAACUGAUUAAAACUAAAGAGGCUAUUUUUAGAAUUAGGCGACUUCUAUUUUCCAUGGGUCGUUUUGGACCAUAUCCAAUUUUGUGGCCAAUGUAUGGUAGUGGAGAUCUAACUCAAGGUUAUUGUCGAAUGUCAGCUGUUUUUGGUGCAAUAUUUUGUCUGGAGUGUACAGUGAAAAAAAUUGAAUCUGUAUCAGUGAGUGAAGCAACAACGACAGUGGCGUCAGAAAGUAGUUUAUCGUCGUUAUCACAAUCUGUACCAGUGAUAAAUACCAAUGAUGAUAUUAUUGUUCAUUUAUCCAACGGUAAACAAGUACGAACUAAAUGUGUUGUACUUUCACCUGAAUGUGUACCAUUCUCUUGGAUUAGUAGUCAUAUUACACAGUGGUGUGCGAGAGCCACCCUUAUCACUGAUCGUUCACUUCUAUCAGAUGACUGUAAGCCUACUGACAUAUCACUUCUUGCUUAUUCUUCGAAUAAAAUUCAAGAUGACAGUUAUUUAGACCCUAUCCUUAUUAUUGAGUGUCAAAUUGAAAAACCGAAUAAAUCUUAUGGUGAUUUAUGUGAAAUAGAGAAAACUGAUUGGUCACUUCAAUCCUUGGUACGAUCGUCUUCAAGGUCACUUCAAGAUCACACAACCAAAUAACCUUGAAUAUUUAUGGAUGAUAAUCCUCUUAUGGCUUGUGAAUCGUAAUGGGGUAAAAUUAAAUCUUAGAAACAAGCCUAGAGGAAGCAAUCACUAGGUUGCUUGUUCUAUUCAAUCAUGUGGUUACACAUACAUACGGAGUACCUGUUGACUUAUCCUACCAAGAGCCAUAGACCACAUUUCUAAGUGGCUGCAGUAACAAAUUGAUCUUAGUGAUCCAGGCGAUAGAUGUCUGACUUCGUUGUUAGCUAAACAUAACAGUGGAAUGGGUGACAAAGUUGAUUUGUAUUCAUCAUUCAAAUCUAUUGGGGGAGAUAUACUUACUUAAUUUUGUUGGACCUUUACCUAGAAGGAUGUUUAAACCUUUUUUAUGUAUUUAGAAACAGUUUUUUGUAACAUUGAACUUCUCUUUGUAAUUUA